AUGCGACCAAGCGGAGAGAAGAGAUGUGAGGGUGAGCUACGGUUGGAAGAGAAGUGGCCACCAAAGGAUGGUGGCCGAGCAUGGCAACGAAAGCCAAAAGAGAAGGGGUUAUAUUUCCUUUUUGUCGUUAACAAUAAAGUGACUGCCCCUACAGGUGUGAAGGACAAUAUUCUAGAAAGAAUCCUGUCAACCCACUGUUGUGUUUUCUCAUUGUUUCUUCUUGGGAAUUCUUUCCCCUCUUUGUUAUCCUUUUGUUACGUGUUAUUUUUGUACGUAGCUUCACCACAAGGGAAUCGGAACGAGAAUGAUCCAAAUAAUACAACUAUAUUUGUUGGUAAUUUGGAUUCUGAUGUGACGGAAGACCAUUUGAGAGAGGUUUUCAGCCCCUAUGGUCGGUUGGUGCACGUGAAGAUUCCACGAAACAAGGGUUGUGGAUUUGUUCAAUUUGCUGAUAGGAGCUGUGCCGAAGAAGCACUGCGAAUACUGAACGGGACUCAGUUGGGUGGACAAAGUAUUCGACUUUCUUGGGGCCGUAGCACGCCAAACAAACAGGCCCAAUCAGAUCCAAACCAGUGGAACAGUGGAUAUUAUAGAUACGGCCAAGGAUAUGGUUAUGGCUAUGCUGCUGCGUCCCAAGACCCCAACAUGUACUAUGGAGGAUAUCACGGCUACGGAAAUUACCAACAGCCUCAGCAGCAGCAACAAGUUGGAUAUAGCUAAGUUGAUAAUCUUUUGGGGCUGCUGUUCUAUUUAAUAGUAUUAUGAACUUGUGCUACUUAACGUCCUUGUUUCGCAGUGGAGGGCUAUAAUUUCAGGCUGUUUUAUUCUCCUUGCUAAUAGCAUAUAUGCACUGUUUAAACCUUCCUUUUAUCACAAAGUUUUGUACAAUCCUUGGUGUUAA